AUGCCUAUUAUUGAUAAAGCCGUUGGUAAGAAUAAACGACUUAGUAAAGGAAAAAAGGGAUUAAAAAAGAAAAUAGUUGACCCUUUUACUCGAAAAGAUUGGUACGAUGUCAAAGCACCAUCUCUCUUUGAAGUUAGAAACAUUGGGAAAACCCUUGUUAACCGAACCCAAGGAUUAAAAAGUGCUUCUGAUGCAUUAAAGGGUCGUGUCUUUGAAGUUUCUUUGGCAGACUUAAAUAAUGAUGAAGAACAAGCAUUUCGUAAGAUCAAACUUAGAGUCGAUGAAGUACAGGGUAAAAACUUAUUGACCAAUUUUCAUGGUAUGAAUUUUACUUCUGAUAAACUAAGAUCUUUGGUAAAGAAAUGGCAGUCUCUUAUUGAAGCUCACGUUGACGUCAAGACCACUGAUGGUUAUUUACUACGUCUCUUUGCCAUUGCUUUUACUAAAAGACGACCAAAUCAAGUUAGUAAGACUACCUACGCUCAGUCAUCUCAAAUUCGUCAAAUUCGUAAGAAAAUGUUUGAUAUUAUGACACAACAAGCUACUUCAUGCGAUUUAAAAGAAUUAGUAUUAAAAUUUGUUCCUGAAUCAAUUGGUCGUGAGAUUGAAAAGGCUUGUCAGGGAAUUUAUCCUCUUCAAAAUGUAUACAUUCGUAAAGUUAAAAUUCUUAAAAGCCCAAAAUUUGAUGUUCAAAAGUUGAUGGAAUUACAUGGUGACAGUACUGAUACUGGUUCUAAAGUUGGUAGAGAUUUCAAAGAACCGGAAAUUCAAGAAUCCGUUUAA